GGUCCCUGCGCCUUUAAUAACCUUCCUCGAAAAAGAGUACUUUUAUGAACAUCAAUCAGACGAUAUAGGUAGCAAGUACAGAACGGUGAUGUUGAAUCGCGCAAUUUUUCAUACGUUCAAAUCUACUUAGCUCUCGGCCAGAGUGGUCGGAUGGAAGUGAAUUCGAAAAUUUCCGAAAUGAGUCCCUGGUUUCUGAUUUCCCUCCAUCUGUUUAUGUCUCUCAUGAUGAACGCUGAAGCAUACACUGUGCAUCCGGACACAUAUUUAAAUAUUGUACAAUUAAUCCAGAGGUAUGGUUAUCCGGUGGAGGUACACGAGAUCACCACAAAAGAUGACUAUAAACUCACGAUGUUUCGAAUACCCCAUGGUAGGGGUGGAUCGGGAGUGAAUAGGAAACCUAUACUUUUGAUGCACGGUCUUUAUGGACAAGCAGAAAACUUCGUCGUUUCUGGGAUGGACAACGCGAGUUUGGCGUAUUACUUAGCCGAUAAUAAUUUCGACGUUUGGUUAGGAAACACGAGGGGGAACCAACACAGCAGGAAGCACAGAUACCUCAAUCCCGAUGAGAAAAAAUUCUGGGAAUUCAGUUACCACGAAAUUGGAAUAUAUGAUCUUCCAGCAAAAAUCGAUCACAUACUGGAAACAACCAAGAAAAAGAAGAUUUACUAUGUGGGACAUUCUCAGGGAGGCACCAGCUUUUAUAUAAUGAGUUCAGAGAGGCCUGAAUAUCAGGAAAAAAUCGUGAUGGCUUCAUUAUUGGCACCUGCCGGCUUUAUGAAGCACUUCCGUAAUCCUGUACUUUUUCCAUUAGUUAAAAUGUACCGAAGUCUGGUUCAAUUCUUCGACACAUAUUUCUACGAACUACCACCCAGGUCAAUACCACUACCCACUUUCUUGAAUUUAAUAUGUCAGGAGCGUUAUUUUAAUAAACUCUGCUUAGCCAUCUAUCAUAUAAUUAUAAAUGGUGGUAACUCUGGAGAAUUUAACAGGAGAAUGCUUCCCCUAAUCAUGAGAUUCAUUCCAUCAGUCUCAGUCAGGCAACCGCUUCACUAUGCACAAGCCAUAAUGUCCGGUCGUUUCAGAAUGUGGGACUAUGGACAGGAGAAUAUGGUCCGCUACAAAAGAAUAGAACCACCAGAGUACGAUUUGAAAAAUAUAACGGUUCCCAUAGCCAUUUAUUACAGUUACGGGGAUAACCUAGUUGACACAAAAGACAUAGACUACAUUUGUGAAGUUCUGCCGAACGUUGUGAGGAAAUACUUGAUGCCAAACCCAAAAUGGACACACCUGGACUUCAUUUUCGCUGUAAACGGACAGAAGCAUCUUCAUACACCACUACUGAAAUUCCUAGAAAAAUUCGAUAAAAACGAUUGAGUACUACCUGUUGACGACGACGUUGUCUAGCAUAUGGAUGACUACUUUUUAAAUUUUACUGCGACUGUAUCAUAGCAUAGGCUCAUAUUGUAGAAACCCACUGUGAUAAAGGAAUUUUAUUCAAUUGAUUUCCUAAAAAUUUUUGUACAUAGUAUUGUGGAAAAUAAAAUUUGAACGAAUCUUAAAAAAAAAAA